GGAAACAAGGAGUUACUCGGCAGAGUCACAGAUUACACAGGAUUACAGCAGCCUUUAGACAAAGUUGGGCUCUGUUGUCUUGGCUUUGGUGGCAGGAGCAGGAGUGGCUUGAUCCUAAAGCAGCUCUCCAGAUCAGAUUUCACCCAAACCAGCUGUGAGAAGGAGCUUUGCCUUUUCUCCCCUCUCUCCUUCUCUCCAUGUUGUAAUCGCACUCCUGACAUCCAGUAAGAAAAAAGAGGAGUGACGGAGAGAGUUCCUAAAGGAAUUUUCCUUCUCCUAGGCAAGAAUUGAAAAAGUAAUCAGAGUCUAGAGAACAGCGGCGAGGAUGGACGAUCAGCCCCGGUUGAUGCACUCCUCUCACGGGGUGGGCAUGGCCGGACACCCCGGCCUGGCGCGGCAUAUGCUGGAUGGCACGGGAGGAGCGGACGGCGAGGGAAGAAAACAGGACAUUGGAGACAUAUUACAACAAAUCAUGACCAUAACCGACGAAAGUCUGGACGAGGCACAAGCCAGGAAACAUGCACUGAAUUGUCACAGAAUGAAGCCGGCUCUAUUCAACGUCCUCUGUGAAAUAAAAGAAAAAACAGUACUCAGUAUUCGUGGAGCUCAGGAGGAGGAGCCACCAGAUGCUCAACUCAUGCGAUUGGACAAUAUGCUGCUAGCCGAGGGCGUGUCCGGACCUGAGAAAGGAGGCGGGUCGGCUGCAGCCGCCGCUGCAGCUGCCGCGGCAGGCGGCGGCGGGUCCGAUAACUCGGCCGAACACUCAGACUACCGGGCCAAGCUGUCCCAGAUCCGUCAGAUCUACCAUACAGAAUUGGAGAAGUAUGAGCAGGCGUGUAACGAGUUCACCACCCAUGUGAUGAACCUGCUGAGGGAGCAGUCUCGCACUCGGCCUAUCUCCCCUAAAGAGAUUGAGCGCAUGGUGGGCAUCAUCCAUCGCAAGUUCAGCUCCAUCCAGAUGCAGCUCAAACAGAGCACCUGUGAAGCGGUCAUGAUCCUGCGCUCCCGCUUCCUAGAUGCCAGACGAAAAAGAAGAAACUUCAAUAAGCAGGCCACAGAGAUCCUGAACGAAUACUUCUACUCCCACCUCAGCAACCCAUACCCCAGCGAAGAGGCCAAGGAGGAGCUGGCAAAGAAAUGCUCCAUUACAGUCUCACAGGUAUCCAAUUGGUUUGGAAACAAGAGGAUCAGAUACAAGAAAAAUAUUGGAAAAUUCCAAGAAGAAGCCAACAUGUACGCCGCCAAAACCGCCGCUAACGCAACCAGUGUCUCCACCCACGGCAGCCAAGCCAACUCGCCUUCCACACCAAAUUCAGCCGGUUCUGCUGGCUCUUUUAACAUGAACUCUGGGGACUUGUUCAUGACUGUGCAGUCUCUGAAUGGGGACUCGUACCAGGGGGCCCAAGUCGGGGCCAACAUUCAGUCACAGGUGGAUACUCUUCGCCAUGUUAUCAGUCAGACAGGCGGAUACAGUGAAAGCCUCGCUGCCAGUCAGAUAUACAGUCCACAGGGCAUCAAUGCGAACGGAGGCUGGCAAGAUGCCCCAACACCCUCCUCAGUGACCUCACCCACGGAAGGACCCGGGAGCGUCCAUUCUGACACCUCCAACUGAUAAGCAGCACCCUCCAUCCUCACAGCGCGUGGGGUCUUCAGACUGAUCCAGCGAUCCACCCUCCUCAGAUUGGGAUUAACGUCCUACACGGUCACACACAAUCAUGCCAUACUCCCGUGGAACUUUGGGAUAUUUUACAAGAUUUUUGAAAACAAUUCAAAAAAAAAAAGGAAAAAAAAUAUAUAUAUAUGUGUGUUUGUACAGUUUUCACAGUGUAUUUUAGGUGGAGCAGGGUGACUAACAAACCUGUGACCUUUUCAGUCUUAUGAGGCAAUUGUUAAUGAUGGAACAAGCAGUCCUUGUGUUUCAAUUUGAAUGCUUCAUUCUACCUCUCAGCAAAAAGAAAAAAAGAAAAUACAUGAAAGAACAGUCCUUGUUUUCUACAAUUAAAAAAAUUACCACUUGAUAUAAUGCUUGAGAGGAAGCUCUCCUUAUCGGUACGGUCAAUUAUUAUCGCCUCUUUUGUUCGUUCAUUGUGAUAUAUUGACUAUUCUUUUGUUUGUUUAUUGUUUUCCCUUCAAAAUUUUUCAAAAGACCUUCCAGUAUCAUUUCAGCUAUAUUCAAGUAUUUCCUUUGACAUAUUUUGCCCAGUAAAACUGAUUGUUCUUAUACGUCUUUGUAUAAAACGUGAAAUAGGAUGUUUGGAGGUCACUCAUACCAUUUCAAAGCUGAUUUUCAUAUUUUCCCCAUAAAAGCCAUCAAAAGCUGUCCAUUAGAUAAAGAAAGAGGUUUACAUUUAUCAUAGAGAGCAGUCCAAACAACUCUGUUGUCAUAGAUUUCAUUUGGAGUCAUUUCCUCACUCUUUGAGGACACUGUCUGCGAGUCGAUGAAAAUAUAACUGAUUCCGGAAAUGGUGGAAGCAUCAAGUCAUUAUGGUCUAUAAUGACAUUUCCUCCUUGCUUUCACUUCAGAUUGCUUUCAAACGCUCCCUUAUUCCCUCUCUCCCUUAAGUGAAGGAAUUUUACAUAAAGAGCAAUAAUUAUGUAAAUUUAUAUUUAUGCCCUUUACUACCCCAUAUCAUUAAAAAAACAAGCACUAA